AUGGCUAUUGAUUUUAGAGCUAGAGUUGAGGUUGGAGCUAAGACUUUGAGUAGUUUUAUCCUCAAGGGUGGGGAGAGAAAGGAUGCUCUCAUCGAAGGAUGGACGUCGAUCAAGAACAUCAAGGAUCCGCACGUGACAGAGAUCACAGAAUUUGCCGUCGACGAGCAUAACACGCAGUUAAAGGGGAGUUUGAAGUUGGAAGAAGUAGUGAAAGGCGAGACUCAGGUGAUCUCCGGGAUCAAUUACAAGCUGGUUCUGCAGGCAAAGGAUGGAACAGCUGAUAACUCAUACGAGGCUGUGGUUUGGGAGAAGGCGUGGUUGAAAUUCAGGAAGCUUACCUCCUUUACCCUCGUCAAGGGUUAG